AUGACACUCGUAGCAGUCUGGCAUAGUGUCUAUCGUGUCGAGAUAAUGCUCUGCAUUGUCAUGGUUCCGGUACCUGAAAGAGAAUGUAUUUUGGGAAAGCAGGCCUAUACGAAACGCAAUGGAAACACCAGUCCCUCGACGCCGUGCACCCCACGGCUCCCUGGCACUUGGCCCGACGGAUCCUCUCUUCCCUCGUCGGUCCGUACAGUCGCCUGCCUGGCGACUUCGCUCGCCUCCGUCUCCGGCGCCAUCUCAGACCCGUCGCAGCAUCACCAGCCGUCGCGGCCCAUCUCACCGCAACCUGUCGGCCGUCAAUCGACGACAGACUUUGCCGUCUCCUCCUCUCCACAGAACAGUCCGCAGGCACACACGCGUCUCAAGCUGGCCGCUCUGCCGGCUCGUCUGCCUUCGCAGAGUCCCCUGAGCCGGGCGCCUCUCGAGCUGGAGGUGGCUCAGCUGAAGCGAGAACUGGAGGCCUCUCGAGAGGCGGCCGCUCUGACCGCCUGUCUGGUGAGCCGGCAAGAGGCCGAGCUGGCCCGGCUUCGUCAGGCGCUGUCUCAGACCGGCCGGCCGGCCGCCGACGGCCAGCCACGUCCGCUUGCCACCGGCUCGACGCCAGCCGCUCCACUUCAACCCGGCCCAGGGACGGCGUUGAGUCGGCCGAGUGACGUGAAGACAAAUGCCAGCUCAAGUCGAUGCGUGUCUGGCCGGAAAUCACUCGCUCCGACGGCAGUCGGCCCGACUGGAUCGUCGAACGACGUGGCCAAAGAGAGGAUGCCACUGACGGCCACGCUCGGCGAACUGGACGACGCCAUUGCCAUGUAG